UUCAAAAUUUGAAUCUUGUUUCUUUCUUUUCGUCUCCAAUCUCCCCAGCCACCGGCCAAGAAGAGGAUUAGCGAUAAUGGAGGAUAUCCAGAUUCAGAGUAUAGAUCCAGAGACAGAGUUUCUUGCGUCCAAACAAGAAACUGGGAAUGAGUGGGAACUCUUCAAGGAAAACAUUAGGCCUUUGAAGAGAGGCCGCAACAUUAGUCUACUGAACAACUCCCUUGCCUCACACAACGACAUUCAACUCAAGAAGUCUCUGCUUGACAAUCGAAGGAGAUUGAUUGAAGCUAUCGAUGAGUACCAAGGAGAUGAUCCUCUCCACCCAUGGCUCCAGUGUAUAAAAUGGGUCCAAGAGGCUUUUCCAGCUGGUGGAGACAGUUCAGGAUUGCUUGUGAUAUACGAACAGUGUGUUCGCACGUUUUGGCAUUCAGAACGUUACAAGGAUGAUCUCCGCUACCUCAAAGUGUGGCUGGAAUAUGCUGAAAACUGUGUUGAUGCUGAAGUAAUUUUCAGUUUCCUAGACGCAAAUGACAUUGGGAAGACGCAUUCUGCAUACUACAUAGCCUAUGCUUUGCAUAUGGAAUCCAAGUCUAAGAUGAAAGCAGCAAAUGAUCUAUUCAGCCUUGGAAUAUCUAGGAAUGCUCAACCAACGGAAAAAUUGAAGGAUGCCUACAAAAAGUUUCUUGUACGCUCAAUGAGAAGACCAAAAGCUGCCGAUGAGGACUUGGAGGAAAAUCACUUGCCAGCCAGAAGCUUUGGAACUGUCCUGGCUAGGGAAGAUAAUCGAAGGCAGACUAUGCAGAGUACUGAUCAGCAGAGGAAAAAGUUGAAGCUAGAUGGGAAUCAAAAAGGUUCCCUGCAUAUUUUCAAAGAUACAAAUGUUGAUGCCAUGUCAAGUCAUCAACCGGAUAAGUCAAAGAUAGAUCAUUGUGCCUGGCACAGUCUUGGAGUUAAAGCUGAGAGAAACAAAGAAAAUAAUGCAGUACCUACCAAGUGGACUUCGUACAAGAUUCCGCAAAGGCCUGUGCCUAGAGUUGGAGGGGCAACUGCAAGUACCCACAUUGAAGUGUUCAUUGAUGAGGAAAAUGUGGAAACGCAUAAAACACAUCAAGACGAGGGUGAGCAUGGCAAGUCUUCAACUUUGCAGGACAAGCAGGGAGAUGGCCAAGAUAUUAAAAGGGAAACAGAGCUAUUGAGGAAGAACCCAUUACGCAAUUUUCCUCCUAACAGCCUUCCUAGAUGAUUAUAUUCAUGAAGGCUAACACUAUGCUGAACAAUAUAAUACAUGGGGUCAGCUUUUCUCUCCAAAGCCUGAUCCAUGUUUAUUUGUUAUGUUUCAAAAUUUUCAGAAACAAUAAAAGAUGUAAUGCACAACUGCAUGCUUGUGCAAUAUGUCGGAGUUUGUUGCUUUGUUGCCUAUGUAGUAAUGAAAUUUGUUUCUUUUUCUUCUUGA